GCGGCAGGCAGGUUUGGCGUUGACAGAGAGCGGGGGGGGGAGUUUAAACCGACUUUAGAAACUCUCGGUCUACAAAACCAUGGCUACCGAACGUCUCCUUCUCCUGCUCAUGAACACAGCGGCGAUCGCAGCGGUGGGGUCCUCGCCCUAUUACCUGUUAGUCAGCAGCAAUGGUCCCAUCACCACAGGUGCCCGGGGAUCAGUGGAGGCCAGUCUGGUGCCCGGAGCUGGGAUGGAGGCGGCUUUCCUGCCCCCCACCGACUAUCUCUCCUUCCACUGGGAGGUGCAGAGGCCGCUGUCCGUGGUGCGUCGGUGGCGGCGGGGAGCUCUGAUCAGUUCCCUCAUCGUCCGCAGCCACGUCCCGGGGGUGUACAGACUCCGCGCCUGGGUGAGGAGAGUGGACUGCCUGAGAUGUCUACCCCUGGCCCACACUGUCACCACCCUGCAUGUUACAGACUCUGUAAUAGGGACCUUGUCACUGACGCAACUGAAUAGGAGUGUCACUUCUACAAACAUCGGGUAUGAACUGGCCACAAAUACCCCAACAAAAAUCUCAUUCAUCCUCUACGACCCCAGCAGAUACUUCAGCUCCUCUUUCUUCCGCUUCCGUUGGCACUUUGGAGACGGGGAGAGGAGAAUCACAAAUGAUUCCUACGCAUUCCACAUCUACCCGAGGGCAGGGAUAUACCAGGCUCAAGUUGAAGUCUACGUAUACCUCAGCCAUUCCCAAUGGAAGAGUGGGACUUUUGGAGCCACGUUGAACCUUCUGGAUCCGAUCAACGCCAUAGAGGUGAAGAAUGCAGACGGCGAGCAUCCAAAAGACAUCAUGGACUUCCAUCUGCAUGUAAACGGCAGCCCACCGCUGACCAUCUGCUGGUCAGUCUCUCCGAACUGUAUCCGUGCAGUUGGUCACGCAUGCCACACGGUGCUACUGGAGAGGUCACGGGACUGUCACGUGAGAUACCCCAUGAGCGAAGCGGAACCUUACACACUCAACGUACGGGCUGAGAACGGGGUGAGCUCCCUGCAGACCUGCUACAAGAUAACUCCGUGGCGUAAGGGCAUUCACCCGGUGUGGUUCAUCAUCCCCGGUGUUACCCUGCUCACCAUCGUCCUACUCAUCAUCUUGUCCACCACCAUGAGGAGCAGCAGAUCCCAGAAGGACUUGGUUGAGGUGGCGGAUUUUGACUUCUCUCCAUCCGGGGUGAAGUCGUCAGGGUGGGGACGAGGGGAGAUCUUUCCCUUGUGCUGCGGCCCCAGCCAGUCCCAGGCUCGUCAGUCCCACAGUCGCACCACCAGGGAAGGCCGCUCCCUCCUGCACUGCAGCGGCCCCCCGCCCCUGGAUUACCGCACCUGGGAACACCUGCACCCCGCCGACCCCGGUUCCAAUCCCGCCACCUGCUCAGUGGCGCAGCGGUAGAGUUGCUGCCUCACAGCGCCAGUCGCGGGGCCAAUCCUGGCGACGGGUGCUGUCUGUACGGAGAUUGUACGUUCUCCCUGUGACUGCGUGGGUUUUUCCGUGUGUCAUAGAGUCAUACAGUGUGGAAACAGGCCCUUCGGCCCAACUUGCUCACACUGGCCAACAUUUCCAUCCAGACUAGUCCCACAUGCCUGCAUCUGGCCCAUAUCCUUCGAAACCUGUCCUAUCCACAUACAGUACCUGUCUGACUGUUUCUUAAACAUUGCAGUAGUAUCAGCCUCGACUACCUCCUCCAGCAUCUCGUUCCACCACCUGCUGAUGGAAAAAGUUACCCCUCAGUUUCCUAUUAAAUCUCUCCCCCCUCACCUUAAACCUAUCUCCUCUGGUUUUCGCUUCCUGUUUCCUCUCACACUCCAAAGACGUGCAGGUUUGUAGGUUAAUUGGUUUCGUAAAUUGUCCCUAAUAUGUGGGAUAGAACUAGUGUACGGGUGGUGACUGGUCAGCAGGGACUCAAUGGGCCAAAGGGCCUGUUUCCACACUGUAUCUAAACUAGAACUAAAAACAUUGUCUACUUACACAGCGCCUAUACCAGUACAAAUUCAAAGCCAGGGGGUAAUCGGUGACACCGCUGGUAGAGCUGCUACAGUGCCUCACCGUGCUAGUGAUCCCAGGUUCUAUCCUGCCCUUGGGUGCAGUCUGUGUGGAGUUUGCACGUUCUCCCAGUUAUCAUGUGGGUUCCUCCGGGUGCUCCAGUUUCCUCCCACAUCCCAAAGACAUGCGGGUUUGUAGGUUAAUUGGCCCUCUGUAAAUUGCCCCCUAGUGUGUAGGAGUGGAUGAGAAAAUGGGAUAAUGUAGAACUGGUGUGGCCAGGGUGGUGUGCGUGCGGGCAGUUGUUGGGAAGAAGCUGUUCUUGAACCUGGAGGUCAUGGUUCUCAGUCCUUCUCCCUUCUGUACCUUCCUCCCAAUAGUGGGAGUGAGAUGAGAGCGUGGCCAGGAUGGUGUGGAUGCUGGCUGUUUGCAGGAGGAACGUACAUGAUGUCACCUUUCAUUGUUAUUUUUACAUUAUUGUGUUCUACCAAAUAAAUAAAUAUGUAUAAAACUUAACAAAUCCAAUAAACGCAUUUCUUAACAUCUACAAGUAUUUCUUGAGGGGGUUACGCUUCAAGUUUAGAUAGGUAGAUCUUUUUGAGCUAAGGGCAUAUGGUGGUACAGCUGCUGCCUUACAGCGCCAGAGACCCGGGUUUGAUCCUGACCUCGGUUGCUGUCUGUGUGUGGAGGCUGCACGUUCUCCCCAAGACGGCACGGGUUUCGUCCCACACUGCAAAGACGUGCGGGUAUGUAGGUUAAUUGCUCCUCUGUAAAUUGUCCCUAGUCUAUCGUGGACCGAGUCCACGCCAACCAUCGAUUAACUCUUCAUACUAGAUCUGUGAUUUUGCCCACUUUCUCACCCACACAAUACACAACAGGGGUAGUUUACAGAAGACAGCUAACCUAUAAACCCGCAGGUCUUUGGGAUGCGGGAGGAAACUGGAGCGACCAGAGGAAACCCACGCAGUUAUAGGGAGAACGUGCAAGCUCCACACAGACAGCAUCCGAGGUUCGGAUCAAACACGGGUCUCUGGCGCUGUGUAGCAGUAUUUUCAUGGGCGAAUCCCAUCUUCGGAACUAUCCAGGAAUUCCGGGAUCUCGAGCUGCUUUCUGAAGGGAGAAGAUGGUGAGGGUAGACACAGAAUGCUGGUGUAAAUCAGCGGGUCAGGCAGCAUCACUGGAGAACAUGGUGAUGUUUCGGGUCAGGAACCUUCCUCAGACUGCAGGAGAUGGCGAGGACAGGUUUUGCAGUUUGCUGAAACGUUCUGAGUCCAGUGAUCUCAUUGACACUGCAGUAAACAAACAGAGACACUCAUUGUUGCUUGCAAUGAAUCACUCCUGUCAGCACUAGGACACUCUGAACCUGAGGGAAGGAGCUCACGAGGCUGCACACCUUGUUAAAUGUGUCCUAACCUUCAGCAGAUUGAUCUUCAGCCUCGCUGCUUUAUGUAGCUCAGCACUUGUUCCCGAAGGUCAGAGGAUUGAUUUUGAAGCAAGGACUUGGAUCUCUACAGCCUAGCGCCAUCAACACUGAAUUCAACCAUCUCGGAAAAAUCAGCCUUCGAUCAUGCGUACAUCUCGUCGUAGAACAGAUAGCUGCACAGCUGAAACGGGGAACACCGCAGUUCCUCCCACACACUGGCAGAUCCCAAAACAACAUGUGGGUUUGUAGGUCAAGUGUAAAGCCUCUGUAAAUUGCCACUGGUGUGUAGGGGUGUGGAUGAGGAAGUGGGAUAAUGUAGAACCAAGUGUGAAUGGGUGAUCGAUGGUCAGCAUGGACUCGGUGGGCCGAAGGGCCUGUUUCCAUGAUGUAUCUCUAAACUAAACUGAACUCUGGGUUGCCAGUUCGAUAACAUAAUCACUAUAUUCUGGAGAAACCAGAUGCUGGUUUAUACCAAAGAUAGAUACAAAGUGCUGGAGUGUCUCAGCGGGUCAGGCAGCAUCUAUUGAGAAAAAGGAUGGUGAUGUUUUGGGUCAAUGAUUCAUGAUAUGUUAUCACAUAACCCCAGGUACAGUGAAGUGCUUUGUUUUGCAUGCAAGCCAGAACAAUCAUACAGCAGACGCCACCCAGGCAGUAACAUCAUACACGCAAAGAGUUGCCAUGUUUCUGGUGCCGAGAAAGUUACAAAAAAUGAAUUGAACAGUUUUAACUUGUGCUGGUGGCAGCAAACCAGGCCUCCCGUCACACACGGCUGCAGGCAGCUCCCUCGCCGAAUCCCCCCUUCGUUCUCAGUGGAUUCAUUGCCCCAGUAAAUUGUCCCUAGUGUGUAGGACGUGGAUGAGAAAGUGGGAUAACAUUGAUAACCAGUGUGAAUGGGUGAUCGAUGGUCGGCAUGGGUUUGGUGGGCCGAAGGGCCUGUUUCCAUGCUGUAUCUCUAAAAUAAUCUAAACCAGACUAAACCGAAUUCAUAACACGACAGGAUACUUGGCCUUGGUCCUGAUUUUGCAGCCAUGAUAUUUGUUUGUUCCUAGCACAGACUCCUGAGUACACUGCGUCUAGUCUGAUAAUCAUCCAGCCAGCCAGAGACUUUAUCAGCAUCUAUAUUGUUAAUCCCACUAUAUAACGUUAUACUCAAUGUCAUCAAUCCAGCUCCUGUCCUCAAUGUCCUUUGAUGCAAAAAGUACACUCUAAAAAUAACCAGGAACUACGGUGCAGAAAAGUCAAACGUUAUUGGGUUCUGUACGGAUAAGACUUGGCCG